AUGAAUAUUGGUUUCAACAAAUUAAAUUUAAUUAAUCUAAAAGAUGCUACUCAAUCAAACCAAAGCACUGAACCAAGUAAAGGAAGAAGAAAAAGAUUAACACCUAGACCUGAACAAUCAAAACCACCACAAAUGGCAUUAAUUAACAAAGAGAAAAAGGUUUUAGAAAUAUUAGAAGAAUAA